CAGAUGGAGAUGCGAAAGGCACGUAUGACACAGAAGACACUUGCUGUAGGCUAUGUUUCCAGACUGUUAAGUGGGCUACAUGAUGCUAAUACGUUAAAGGUAUCGAGGAUCUGAGGAACAUGGACGAUAAUCAUUAACAUGUCGGUUGAGGCUUUGUUUGUUUUAAACUUGGCCCACUUGGUCGAAUAGCGACGGUGUUACUUCACUGAUGUAGUAGUAGUGUACUUAGUAGCCUAAAGUAGGCUAUUGAUGACGUCGGUCUUCAAAUCCAACACCUCUCGGGAAAACAGGGUAAAAUGCAGUAAGACAAAAAUAUAUAUAAUCGCACCCCCUAAUCGGGUGUGUCGAGGGGCAGUUAGUUUGGCCAGUCAGAAGAGGCACCGUGCUGAGGAGAAUUGUGUGGAGUCGUUGCACCGCCUGUGACGUCGUUCCUCUCCGACUGAGAAAGAGCAUUCACUUUGGAUGGACACUUGUACACUGCACAGCUCAUACUCAGCUUCAAGCGCACAGCAUUUUUUGUGAAGGGUCCUCCCUGGUGCUACAAGACAAGAUGAAUGCUUUGCUGCUCUUCGCUUUGUUCUCGUUGAGCAUUGCACAGAACUUCGAAGAUGCUUACAGUGACCUGGAAUCCUAUAAUCUCAGGACCAUCUACAUUACAGAAAAUGGCCCAAAGCUCUCAGUGGUGACAGACCAAGCCAAGGUCAUCUCUCGUCGAGGGGGCAAUGCAACACUGCCGUGCCGCUUCCAGCGGGACCCCGCCGCUGGGCCGAACCCCAAGCUGAGGAUCAAAUGGACUAAGCUCACCGCAGACUACCUGAAGGAGGUCGACGUCUUCGUCGCCAUGGGUUACCACAAAAGGAGCUACGGGAGGUUCCACGGACGAGUGCAUCUUCAGGGAGACGGCGACAGCGAUGCCUCUCUGGUCAUCAAUGACAUCACCCUGGAGGACUAUGGGAGAUACAAGUGUGAAGUCAUUGAUGGGCUAGAGGAUGGCACUGUAGUGAUCUCCCUCGACCUACAAGGUGUGGUGUACCCAUAUUUCCCACGGCUGGGUAGGUACAAUCUGAACUUCCAUGACGCAGAAAAGGCCUGUCAGGAUCAGGAUGCUGUGGUGGCCUCGUUCGACCAGCUGUAUGACGCCUGGAGAGGAGGUCUGGACUGGUGUAACGCGGGGUGGCUGAGCGACGGGUCCGUGCAGUACCCCAUCACCAAACCCAGAGAGCCCUGCGGGGGCAAGAACACUGUGCCAGGAGUGAGGAAUUAUGGGAAGCGCGACAAGGACAAGAACCGCUACGACGUCUUCUGUUUCUCAUCGAACUUCAAUGGUCAAUUCUACUACCUGAUCCACCCUGGCAAGCUGACGUAUGACGAGGCGGUACAAGCGUGCCAGCGCGACGGUGCCCAGCUCGCCAAGGUGGGCCAGAUGUACACCGCCUGGAAGCUUCUGGGCUACGACCGCUGCGACGCAGGUUGGCUGGCGGACGGGAGCGUGCGCUACCCCAUUAGCCGUCCCCGUCGCCGCUGCAGCCCGGACGAGGCCAGCGUGCGCUUCUCUGGCUACCCCGAUCGCAAGCACAAGCUCUACGGUGCCUACUGCUUCAAGGGCCACAACUGAGGGGCGAGAGGUUAUGAAGGGAGGGAGCAGCCGUGAACAACCAAACCAUCCAGAAGCAAGCAAUGGUUAUUGAAAAUGGAGAGAGAGAGAGAGAGAGAGAGAGAUCAUGCCAGAGGAGUUGCUACUAGGAAUGCAUUGAAACUGUGAUUCUUUUUUCUUUUAAAUACUGUAAAAGAAUGGAUGAAGUAGGGAUGGGUGAGAGUACAUUUCAUACAGUAUUACCUUUAAAAAAAAAAAAAAAUGUAUUUCACUUCAGUGUAAUUCUUCUAUUAUUAUUUUUUAUUUAAUUCUACAUCAUUGGUCAAGGGGAGUGGUGGUCAGGAACAUUUGCGAAAAAACAGGCCAUGACACAGUGGUAAUCCAAUUGCCUGAGGGAAGUCCAUGGACUGGUGAAACAGUAUAACUUCUCAAUAUUGGACUGGUACUUGGGCACUUAGCUUUAUUUUGCUUUAUUUAAAUUGACCCAAACAUCCAAAGAGAUCACAGGAGCAAGAGGAAAUAUGGUGCGACAAUGGGAUGCUAUUCUUAAAGCAUGAAAGCAUAGCACAACACAUUUUCUUUCUUUUACCAUCAUUACAGGGUGCUAUUACAAAUGACGUAUUUUGACCUUAUCUUUGUGUAUUUUGUUGUAUUACAGACAUGAGUGUGUGGACCAAACUGUCAGCCUUACAUCAGCCAUGUUGUAAAAAAAAUGUUGUACUAUUUAGAACUUAUUUGAAGUUUUGAUUACAUUUGAUAUUACUAUAUAGAAUGUCAGCCUUUAUAAUGUUUCUGUUUAGUAAUAAUUUAAUAGACCUGUUGAUGAUAUAAUUUAAUCCCUCCUACUGUUUUCCUCAUUGAUUAUUUAACGACAUUCUUGACCCCUGCAGUUUAUACUCCCUCCGCCAAAAUUUGUCCCACAGUAAGCAACGAACUGAAAGCAUUGAACUGAAAUCAAUGAGGAAUCUGAGGAUCCAUGUUAGCCAGGAUUCAAAGAUAGAAAUGCGCAAGUUGCAGCAGAAGCACCAGUCCUACUGUUUCAUAUUGUUCAAAUGCCAGUAUCUUCUUUUUUUAUUUCUACUUUGUCUUUUUCCUUUUGAUUCUCAUCUGUACAUGCCUCCGCCGCCACCAAAAAAGAUUCUGUCAUGAUCAAAACUAGAGAGCUCGUUGCUGUAGAGCGUAUGCACAACCUAGCUUACCUAAAGAGAUGCUACGUCCUCUCCGGGUUGCCGUAUCAACAGAUGGAAGCACAUACAGUAUACUGCACCCAAAACACUGAGAAGGUCUUAUUCUUCAGUUUGCCUGUCAAUGCCUCUGCUCUUGCUUCAGUGCUUCAGCCUUUAGUGAACUUUCAGCCGUAGUAAAAAAAAAAACAAUGCAAUGAAGGAGAGUACUGAUCCUCGUUAUGCUCGACAUCACAUUUAUAGGGGUGAAGAUCACAUUAUUGUGGCAGCACUCACAGUACUGUGUAAAAAAUCAUGUAGGGACAAUCCUAACGAGUAGAGAGAUAACUGGUGAUGACUAAUUAGUAGACCUUAGGUAAACAUACCAGAAAUCAGAGAUCCUGUAAAAUAUCCACUACAUUUCAAUAGAUAAUGUGCAUUUAGUUUCUUGGCCAAUUGUCAAGUGUAUUCUGUUAGCCAUCUGGAUACAUGACAAUCGACAUUGCCAAAUUGAAACAUACUUCUCCCUUUUUGAAAGCAAUUUCAAGUGUAAGUUUGUUAGGAGUGACUAUCAUGGUCAAGUGCUUGUUACAUUGUCCGUACACAGAUUUUGCUCAGGUAUAGAGUAUUGUUGUGUCAAGUGUGAUGUCCCCUUAAAAAAAAGAAAAGAAUAAAAGCAAGCAGAUUGCAGAUGACAUGUACCACCAACCCAACACAAGCAGAACUAUGGCAAUAGCACAGCUACAGUACAUUUUUAGUUGAUAUUUAGCGAAGAUAAUACUUACAGACCUACUACAGUGUAAGUUACAAGACAGAUUUCCCUAUAUUUCACACCAGUUGUAUGAACAGACCUUGCAGGUAAAGGUAGCACAUAAAAACACACACACACACACUCAGACACACACACAUUCACACUCACACACACACACACACACACACACACACACACUAACACACACGCACACACAUAUCAAUUGGCAUAUUUCAUUGUGAGCAUGAUGCAUCAAAGCCUUGUUGGUUAUUGAAGCUUAAAAGAACAAUAAAAACCUAAUUUCUGAGUCA